GGCCUCCUCUUUAGCUACUCUUUUCUCUCUCUCUUUUUCAGCAUGUAAUAUUGUAAUGUAAUAAUAAAGAUUAGUACUAUGGGCUGCUUAAAUAUUUCAAUGUUUCCUUUUUAUUUUUUAUUUUUUAUAAACUAAUAAAACACCGGUAACAGUGAGAGAGAAAAAAUAGUGUGUCAAGGGGGAAGCAGGAAAAAAAAAGAGCCAAGAAUGAAACAAGUAGGCUGCGGCUUUAUCAGGACAGCCAUUCCACCAGCACCUGCUGCUACUUCAGCUUCUGCUCUACCCCCGCUACUAACUCUUCAAAGUCACUGUCAUAUCAUUUAUAGUGCUAGAAGUAGUAAUCAAGAUGGGCAACUGCGGCACUAGAGAAGAGUCUGCCGUUGUCUCCACUGCUCAAGUUCAACAACAGCUUCACAUAAUUUCAUCAUCAGCAUCAAUUAAAAACGGUCAGUCAGACAAGAAGCAUAGCAGGUCAGUUUCAGAUCUGAGUGAUCCUACUUCAACUCCACGCAACUUUGAGGACUCAAGAAAGAAUGCCCUUCUUUAUACUCAUGUUAUAGCCUUCACUUUGUAUGAGCUUGAGACAAUUACCAAGAGUUUUCGCUCUGAUUACAUUCUUGGGGAAGGUGGAUUUGGAACUGUUUAUAAAGGCUACAUUGAUGAGAAUGUCAGGGUUGGCCUCAAAUCUCUUCCAGUUGCUGUCAAGGUUCUCAAUAAAGAGGGUCUUCAAGGCCAUCGUGAAUGGCUUACCGAAGUAAACUUUCUGGGGCAGCUUAGGCAUCCUAAUUUGGUGAAGUUGAUUGGGUAUUGUUGCGAGGAUGAUCACAGGUUACUUGUUUAUGAGUUUAUGUUCCGAGGAAGCCUUGAGAAUCAUCUAUUUCGAAAAGCAACAGUUCCAUUAUCUUGGGCCACAAGAAUGAUGAUAGCACUUGGAGCGGCUAAAGGGCUUGCUUUUCUUCACAAUGCAGAAAGACCAGUUAUAUAUAGGGACUUCAAAACCUCUAAUAUAUUACUGGACUCUGAUUAUACUGCCAAGCUUUCUGAUUUUGGGCUUGCAAAAGCUGGACCGCAAGGCGACGAGACUCAUGUAUCAACUCGAGUGAUGGGUACCUAUGGUUAUGCUGCCCCUGAAUAUGUAAUGACUGGCCACCUGACUGCAAGAAGCGAUGUGUACAGUUUUGGAGUUGUUCUUCUGGAACUAUUGACAGGAAGGAAGUCAGUUGACAAAACCAGACCCAGCAAGGAGCAGAGCUUGGUGGAUUGGGCCCGUCCAAAAUUGAAUGAUAAGAGAAAGUUGCUGCAAAUAAUUGACCCCAGAUUAGAGAACCAGUACUCUGUAAGGGCAGCCCAGAAAGCCUGCAGCCUGGCAUAUUACUGUUUGAGCCAGAAUCCAAAAGCAAGGCCCUUGAUGAGUGAUGUGGUUGAGACUUUGGAACCUCUACAAUGCAGUGAAGUUUCAUCAUCACUGACCCCAGCCCUAACCGGUGGUGCUGUUGCAUUUGCAAUGGGAGGGGUACCUGAUUACCGGAUGCGUCAUAGAUUCACCAACAAUGUUGGACCUGGUUCUAGUUGUCGGUCUCCUAAUCCAAAUUGCUCCCCAGGUGGCCCUGCAGCUUGCAGGGUCAGAUAAGCAUAUUGCCUUUUAUGUAUUUGGUGUGCCUUUUCAUCCCCAUCCAUCUUUCUAAAUGACAAGUUCUGAUUGUUAAAUCAUGAGUGAAUUUGCUUCCUUGUACCUGAUGUACAUUCUAUCAUCUCGACCCCCAACCAGCUGUUAGUUUUUGUUUGCUCACUUGUUGCUUGUAUCUAUUUUCGAGCAUAGUUUGCAUAUCAAUGAGAAUUGCCAGAUGAAAACAGUUUUUCUUCUUCA